AAAACAAAACAAAACGCACAUGCUUUGCGUGCAGAUAUGACACUGGUGUGUUUAACGUCAUGUCCGUAUUUAACUCGUUUCACUGAAAGUUUGAGGCUUGUGAAAUAAUAUUUAAAAACCCUGGAGAUAGUGUGCUCUUUUUCUUUUUUCCACCGCAUAGGGAUAUGGCAGCACAGGGGGGAAAGAACGAAAACACAUGUGUAGCCUAUAUGAUCACAUGGCACAUCGUAGUGGGACACACGGCUUUGUUUCCUAUUAGGGAGUGAUCGAUCACGAUCGAUCCGGCGUGGUGCUUGGUGCCCCCCGCAGUGAGCGCCAAGUCCAGAUGUCACGACCAUGUGCUUCGAGGAGUCAGUGACAGAUCGCUGCUCGUCUAUUGUCCGUGCGACCCUCGUCGGGUCUUUGAGUCUCUCUCAACGCGCGUCGGACGAGCCCGGACGCCAAAGUCGCGCUGGCAACAGGGAUUCAAGACACUGAGCGACUUUAAAAGAUCAACUUCGCUGAACACAUACGAACCAAAAAGAAUCUGUUACAACUUGGAUCAUGGAACCUGCCCAGUCAGAGAUGAACAUCUUAUCCAACGGGAAAAGCCAUGACCUCGGAGAUGACAUGGGAAUGCCAAUGAAGACGUUGCUGGAGGAGGAUCAAAAUGGCACUCAAACAGUCAGAUUUGAUGAUCCCGACGAAGGACUGGAGAAUGAGGAAUUUUUGCCCAGUGCAGGUGGAAAGAAACCUAUACGCUUCACAGAUUUUGAAGGAAAGACCUCUUUUGGCAUGUCUGUCUUCAACCUGGGUAAUGCUAUUAUGGGCAGUGGAAUCCUGGGUUUGGCAUACGCCAUGGCCAACACUGGCAUACUCCUCUUCUUGUUUCUUCUGACUGCAGUAGCAGCCCUGUCAUCUUACUCCAUUCAUCUGCUGCUCAAAUCCUCUGGCAUUGUGGGAAUUCGAGCUUACGAACAGCUGGGGUACAGAGCCUUUGGCACUCCUGGAAAAAUGGCUGCUGGUAUAGCAAUUACCCUGCAGAAUAUUGGAGCUAUGUCCAGCUACCUGUACAUUGUUAAAUCUGAGUUACCGCUGGUCAUCCAAGCUUUCCUGAAGGCAGAUCCCAACUCCGAUCUGUGGUACUUGAAUGGAAACUACCUGGUCAUCAUGGUCUCUGCCAGUAUCAUCCUGCCCCUGGCUUUAAUGAAGCAACUUGGUUACCUCGGCUAUACCAGUGGAUUUUCUCUCAGCUGCAUGGUGUUCUUUCUCACCGCAGUUAUCUAUAAGAAGUUUCAGAUUCCCUGCCCGUUCGAGGAGUACUCAGCCAACAGUACUGCUGCCCACCUCAGCAUGAACGUCUCAAGCCACGACCACGAGUACACCAAUGGUCUUGCUCCCACGGACGACGAUGACCCCCACUGCUCCGCACGCAUGUUCACCAUCAACUCACAGACAGCAUACACCAUCCCCAUCUUGGCUUUCGCCUUUGUGUGCCACCCUGAGGUCCUGCCUAUUUACACAGAGCUCCGCAAUGCAACAAAGAAGAAGAUGCAGAAGGUGUCCAACAUCUCCAUCUUUGUGAUGUACAGCAUGUACUUUCUAGCAGCUCUCUUUGGCUACCUGACCUUUUAUGACAAUGUGGAGCCUGAACUGUUGCACACUUACAGCCGGAUUGAUCCUUAUGACACUUUGAUCCUGUGUGUGCGAGUAGCUGUCCUCACUGCUGUCACGCUGACCGUCCCUAUUGUGUUGUUCCCCGUGCGUAGGGCCAUCCAGCAGAUGUUAUUCCCCACCAAGUCUUUCAACUGGUUGCGUCACAUUGCCAUUGCUCUUAUUCUGCUCACCCUCAUCAACCUGCUGGUGAUAUUUGCUCCAAACAUUCUGGGAAUUUUCGGCAUCAUUGGUGCGACAUCGGCUCCCUGCCUCAUUUUCAUCUUCCCUGCUGUUUUCUACAUCCGCAUUGUCCCCAAAGAUGAGGAGCCCAUGAGCUCCACUCCUAAGAUACUGGCUGUCUGUUUUGCUGCUUUGGGUGUCUCCUUCAUGGUAAUGAGUCUGAGCUUCAUAUUCAUCGACUGGACAAUGGGGAGUAGCCAUGCUGCAGGAGGCCAUUAGAGGCUGCUUCAAAGUGUGUGGGCUUAGGAAACGGGGAAAAAGAACUGGUCAAUGUAAAGGGAGCACUGACAAGUUAGUGGGAACACACUACAGGGCUUCCCAGCACAUAGCCUGGGGUUUGUGACAGUAAAAAAAUUAUACAAUAUCCUACGUGGGUUGGAAACACACUUGGCUCGAUCAAGUUGAAUUAACUUUGACUUUAACUUAACACAUAUCUGAACAAAAUCAUUUCAUAACAAUGUUCAAAAAUUCAAUCUAACAUAGUGCAAUGGUAAUGUGAUUGAUAGGAAUGAUCAGGACUGAACAGGGUCUGUUUUUUAAUCACCACCUGUUUGUGUGACACAGUCCACAUCUACGAGGGUGAAAUGGUCCUUUCCUGUUGCUUCCUCUUUAUUUACACACAAACAGCUGCAGCUGGUACUGUAUAGGAAAGGUUGGUAUGAUUAUCUUUUAGGCUGGAGACGGGAAGGCAUCAAGAUAUACACAAGAGACAGCUAAAUAACUCGGAAGUUAUUCUUACACAAUUAUAAAAAUAGGACUCUUCCUUAACCAGCAGCACUCUGAACUGUUCAUCAUCGUGUAACAUAAGACAAGGAGUGCUUUAAAGCCUUAAAGCGCAGGCGACAUUUCAUUUUCAUGAUUGUUAAAUGCCAGAGUCGUUAUGUAAUGCAGUAUCAUGCAGUGUAAGCUUUCGUUCUAUAUGCAUAAAACAGCAAUUUCUUCACAAACCCUGGUGCCUUUCAGCAUUUGGAACAGCACAAAAACAUAUAGUAAAAACAGGAGUGUAUAUUUAUUUAGCUACUAUAGCUGUAUUUUUAAUUUCAAAUGGACUAUAUUUAACUACUGUAUAUGAUGAAGUUGAUGAUCCAAAAAUAUUAUGAAUGAUUUCAAUAUUUGUUUUAGCGUAGUAUUUAGUUAAUGGAAGGUGUUACAGACUGACAAUACUUUAAAUGUUUGAUAAAAUAAAAAGUGAUUGAUUUAAGGAUUUGAUACCUCCCUUUGUAAAAAAUUUAGCACAUGGAUGCCAAACUAUGACCUUGAAUAUAAACCAAUUACAGUUCAAGUUUACCCCAACAGUUCACCUUUGAGUCUAGCUCAGCAGCAAAUCUGCUUAGCUCAUUUGAUAUUUUGGGAAAUACACUUAAUUUUCUUUCUUCCUGAGGGUUAGAUGAGAGAUUGAUUCCACCCUCAUAUCUGUGCGUAAUAUACAACUAAAGUCAGGAUACGCUUAGCUUAUCUUAGCAUAAGGACUAGGCGCAGGGGUAAAAAAAAAAAAAAAAAUCAGCCAACUAGCACCUCUUAAGUUCACUAAUUUACACUUUAUAUCUUGUUUAUUAAACCCGUAGUCUCACAACCAGCAGAGACUCCAGAAAGUGACCGUGCCCAGCCGAGAAAUAGUCUAGUACAUAACCCUCCAUAAGAACACAAAUUAAGUGAAUGAAACCAAAACAAUCUUGGCAAGAUUUCACUUACCCACAAGGGGAAGAAUGAAAAUAUGGUUCUUUUUUAUAUAUAUAUUUAUAAUUUGGGUGACCCCACCCUUUAAUUUGAACUCUGUGGGUUUGAACAAAGCUCGGCCAAGCAACGUGAAUUUGUGAAGACAAACCCGCUGGUGGGUCUGGCAGAGUUUAUCAAGUUAAUUUUAUUAAUUUGAAGAUGUAUUAAUCUUUUGUGGUUCUGCUGCAACGUCUUUGCUGAAAUGGAUUGUAGUACUUAGAUCUGCUUUCACAUUAGUUGAAUAUUUAGACUUGAGGUUAAUGUUUUGCAUGUUGUCAUGUCCAGUCUGUCCUGUAGUUUGUAUGGUGAACUGCACAGUAAAAAAAAGAUUUUCCUUCCCACACUGUCAUACAUAGAUGUUAUUGCAAUACUGUAGAUUUAGCAUCUUAUAGUGACACGUAUUGAAGUCCCAUUCUGUGCUACUGUUAUUGUAGUGUUGUAUUAGUAUUAUGAAGCCCUUCUUAGAAGAUGUGACAACAAAUAAUGUUUCAAACAUUGCUGUUGUGAUGUUCAGUCAAUGAUGACACAUGAAAUUUGAGGUUAAUUGAGGGACAUGGAUAAAUACUUAUUAUUACCAUAUUAGCACUGACAAACUGAGUUCACAUAUGAGUUCGCUUUUUACAGAGUACAGGAGAAUUUCUUUAUAUAGAAAUAUAUAUCACAAAUGAACUUCCUAAAAAUUAAGUUUUAAAACAAUGCACAGUUUUGAACUUACACCACUCAGAGAAAUGUUACGACAAAUACCUGGUGCUUGUAACCAAAGAUGGUUUUAUAUUGUAUCACAACUCUCAGGCUUCGGAAAAGUCCUGUGUAAAUCAUCUUUUCUCUCAUUUUAUUUAUGUGUUCCUCUAUUUUGUGUUUGUUUAGCAGUCCUGAUCCUGACCAAGGUGUUUUUACAGACUAAUUAUUAACAAUGGCGGGAGAAAUAUUCAGUGUGUUUAUUGACCUCCGUCCCUUGCUUCUCCAUGUGUAUUUGCAUUGGCUGUUGUGGUGUAAAUGAAGGAUUAGUUUUGUCAUGUUUAGUGAACAGGUUUUUUAUUCACUUUAAGGGAUCAUGCCAAAAUAAAAACUGCUAAUCUACUGCUUUGAAAUGCCUUUAACUUUUAAACAGGUACCACAGUUUAAAUACCAUACACAGAAUAUCAAAUAUGCAUUGUUCAUGUACCUAAACAAAUCUAUAUGAUAUUUUAUUAUAGCUGUUAUUCAAGAUGUAAAUCUAUGACAUAGCACAACAAUAAGUACAUAGAAAGGUAUAUGACUUUUGGUGACUAAGAAGUGGCUUUAUAUAAAUAAUGUACAUAAAUGUAAACCUUUUAUAUUUGUGAUGCAUAUUUACAGUAGCUUGUAAAGUGUAAAUAGUGGGGACAGUUUUAGUUUGGCAAUAAAAUCAUU